UCAGGCGCCACCUUCCGGAUUAAUUGCAAAAGUGUUUUGAUAAUCGCCGGAACAUGGCGGGGAGUGUACACGAAGGACCCGAAUUCGGGGUCGGAGACUUUGUUCUCUUACAUGACAUCUCUUUGGAUGCUUUUAUGGAAAAUCUCCAAUUAAGAUAUGAGAAGAACAAGAUCUACUCGUACAUCGGGGAGGUGGUUGUGUCUGUCAACCCAUACAAGACAAUGGACAUAUACAACCAGAGUUAUGUGGACCAGUACAAGGGGAGGGAAAUAUAUGAGCGCCCACCACAUAUAUUCGCGCUGGCUGAUAGCGCAUACAAAACCAUGAAGCGGAAGGCAAAGGACACGUGCAUAGUUAUCUCAGGUGAGAGUGGUUCUGGCAAAACAGAAGCAUCCAAAAUCAUCAUGAGAUAUAUCACCGCGGUGACAAACAUUGGAGGACGGCAGGAAGUCGAAAGGGUAAAGGAUGUGCUCAUCAAGUCCAACGUGAUUCUUGAGGCCUUUGGAAAUGCCAAGACAAACAGGAACGAUAACUCAAGUCGCUUUGGAAAGUACAUGGACAUUAACUUUGACUUCAAGGGUGACCCGAUUGGCGGCCAUAUUAACAAUUACCUCCUGGAAAAGUCCAGGGUUGUGUACCAGCAGAAGGGGGAGAGGAAUUUCCAUGCUUUCUACCAGCUCAUAACUGGGGCAACAGAUCCCAAACUGGCGGAGAUGAAACUAGUGCGAAACCCUGACAAAUAUCACUAUAUUAGACAGGGCGGGGAUUCUAAGUGCCCCACAAUCAAUGACCAGAAUGACUAUCGCAGUGUGAUGCACGCAAUGAAGACCCUCGGCUUUGCCUUCAAACACGCGGAGACCUUGUGGAAAAUUGUGGCUGCAGUUCUGAUUCUGGGAAACAUAGAAUAUGAGGCCCAGGAUGACGUUCACGACCUUGCAGAGGUCAAGGACAAACAGAUGCUGGCCAACCUUGCUGGACUGAUUGAGGUAACCAAUGACGACCUGAACAAAGCCCUCACUCAUCGUGUGAUAGCCGCAGGAGGGAAUGUGGUGGACAAGGGUCUAACAGUGUCCGACGCCUAUUAUGCCAGAGAUGCUUUUGCUAAGGCAAUUUAUGACAGAAUGUUCACAUGGAUAGUGAAGAGAAUCAAUGAAGCCAUAGACCCAAAGUCUUCAGGUGUUGAAUUUGUUGGAAAAAACACAGUCAUUGGAGUCUUGGACAUUUACGGCUUUGAGAUUUUUGACAAUAAUAGUUUUGAACAGUUUUGUAUCAACUAUUGUAAUGAAAAACUACAACAGCUGUUUAUUGAACUGGUGUUGAAGCAGGAGCAGGAGGAGUACAUGCGUGAGGGCAUCGAGUGGCAACAUGUGGACUACUUCAACAACAAGGUUAUAGUGGACCUGGUGGAGGUACCUCACAAAGGGAUACUGGCGAUACUGGAUGAGGCCUGUCUCAGCGUGGGCAAGGUCACUGAUGAGAUGUUCCUGACUGCCAUGAGCCAGAAACUUGGAUCCAAUGACAGAUAUACGUGUAGACAGACAAACCCCUCAGACAAGACGUUAGAGCACAAGCGUGACUUCCGUAUCAAGCACUACGCGGGGGACGUCACAUACUCUGUGAUUGGUUUCAUUGACAAGAACAGGGACACCCUCUUCCAAGACUUCAAGAGGCUUCUCUAUAACAGUGAAGAUGAGCUGAUCAAAAUGAUGUGGCCUGAGGGAAAGUUGUCAAUCACUGAGACCACGAGACGUCCAGCCACUGCAGGGUUUAACUUCAAGAAUUCCAUUAUUGCCCUCGUCGACAGGCUGGCUACCAAGGAGCCCCACUAUGUGCGAUGUAUCAAGCCCAACGAGAUCAAGUCCCCCAGCAAGUUUGACGAGACGCGGUGUCGCCACCAGGUCAUGUACCUGGGUCUACUGGAGAACGUGAGGGUGCGGCGUGCUGGGUUUGCCUUCAGAGCGCAGUAUGAGCGCUUCUUGUUGAGAUACAAGAUGGUCACAAAAUACACAUGGCCCAACUACAAGGGUUCAGCCUUUGAUGGAGUCAAGGUAAUAAUUAAGCACAUGGGCUUUGAAAAAGAUGUCAAGUACGGGAAAUCCAAGAUCUUCAUCCGUUCGCCCCAGACAUUGUUUGCCCUUGAGGAGGCUAGGGACAGAUUUAUGCCCAAUAUCAUACUCUUCAUUCAGAAGAUGUGGCGAGGCGGGAAUGCCCGACGACGGGCAAGGAAGAUGAGGGCCAUCUACCUGAUCAUGGCAAGGUUCAGAAGAUACAAGCUUAGAUCAUACAUUAAACAGAUUGUGGAGAAAUUCAAGACUGUGCGGACGAUGCGAGACUAUGGAAAGAGCAUCAAAUGGCCGACCCCUCCCAAGGUCCUCUCAGGCUGGGUCACAGAGCUUCAGAAGGCACACAACAGGUGGCGAGCUCAUAUGAUCCUUCGCAAGGUUCCGAAGCCUGAUUGGCCCAUGCUGCAACUGAAGUGUGCGACCCACACAGUGCUACGAGGUCAGAGGUCGGACUGGGGGAUGAGACGCAGGUGGGAUGGAAACUACCUGGAAAUGGCAAAGGACAAUCCUAGCACAUUAGACUUUGUGUCAAAGAUUGGUUCUUUGAAAUCACAUGACGGCUUCACGCGAAUACUCUUUUCUUCAUUCUGCAAGAAGGUGAACAAGCAUAACCAGUGUGCCGACAGGGCCAUAGUUGUAACAGACAAGGGCAUCUACAAGCUGGACCCUAAGAAGAAGUACAAGCCUAUGAGGGCCAUCAUUCCUUUUCAGCAGGUUCACGGCAUGACGAUCAGUCCUGACGCAGACCAGCUUGCGGUCAUCCACCUGACAGACGGUAACGACCUUGUGUUGUGUCUGCACACCCCCAGCAAGGAAGAGAGGGUGGGAGAACUCGUGGGAAUCCUGGCGAGAUACUGGCAAAAAGUGUUUCACAGAGACUUAGAAUUGACUGUCACUAAGCAGCCAAAAUGUAGCCUAGGCAGGAAGUCCCGACAGAUAGCUGUCAAGUCUACUGCAGCCAACGGUGGGCCUACGUUCAAGAAAGAUGGAGCACAACUAGCAUUGUUCUGGCCCAGUACCUAGUGCCCAUUUGAGGAUAUUCAUCAAAGGAACGACCCUGUUGGGCCUUUUGUUGUUAAGUUUUGUUUAAGAUUUCUUUGACCAUGGUUAUAUGGGUUUACUCUACGUGCUGUAUUUUUUGUGGAAAUUUUGGUAAUUAAAAUUUUUCUGCAGGAAUCUACAAGGUGAUUUGAAAAAAAAAUACUGCAAAGUGAUUCUUUUGCUUCUAAAUUUGGAAAUUAUUAUUUUGAAAUAUGAUAUACAAAACAAGGAACAGAACUGCUGCUGGUUAACUGGUUUGGUUGGCCAGACAUAUCUAGAGAAUGUGGCAGUAGGUAAACUGACGGCCAUAAAAUCAGCAAACAAUUCCCAAAAGACAAAAAAGGAACAUCGACUGUGGCCUACAUUGUUUUGAUAUGUCACAUCUAGCUUUCAGAAUAGUUCCUUGUUCUUCCAUGAACAAUUAACUCUUUCAGUGCUGGAACCAAAUUUUGAAUGCCUUUGCAAACAGUUUUGAAGGCCUUUGCAAACAGUUUAAAUCCAGAUGAGACGCCAUAGAAUGUGGCGUCUCAUCAGGAUCCAAACUGUUUUCUAUUCUGAUAGUAUUCUUUGAAAAAAAAUUGAAUAGAAUGCUAAUUUUAGAAAUUCAGCAGACAACAUUUUAGCAGACGACAAAUUUCCCAGCAUGCAAAGGGUUAAUUUGUUUACUGUCUCAUCCAUUAAUAGUGUUCAGCAAAUGCCAAUAAAAAUCCAACAAUCUCAAAUUUGAAAGUCAGUUCAAAAUGAUAGUAAUAUUUGAAAGGUGUAUUUAUUAAAUUGUAAAUCAGUACCAUGAGUUACUUGUAUAUAAAAAAAGAAAACUUCCAAAAUGCCUCUGCCUAAAGCUUUUAAGGAAGAACUAAUUGGAUGAUUCAAGGCAUGAAUGUAUACUGAUUUACUGAGCUUAUUCCACAAGGCAGAACAAAUUCACUUUUUUGGGGGGUUUCAAGGUCUUUGUAUUGUAUAAACAUAGUUACUAUAACUUGAAAAUUGUAUACAAUGUACAUUUGUAAGAUGUUAUUUCGCCUAUUGUAAAUCUUUUAUUACAAGUAUUUUAUUUGAUUCUCAAUGACAUCUUGGCUGAGUUAAAAACAGGGUCAAGUUGGGUAAAAAACCAAGUCAUCAGGUAAAAUGAAAGAAAAAGCAUUGAACACUCUAGAUGCUUUAUUUUGUCUAAUCUUGAUAAAGCUCAGUCAGAACAUUUGUCUUUAUAAUAUCUAAGCCGAAUUGUAAACUGAGUUGAUGGGGUAAAAAUGAGUUCAUUAUGUAAAAUAAAAGAGAAAGCACUUGAACACUCUAUAGGUCUCAUUCAUUUCACAAUCUGCAUGCAACUUGGUCAGAACAUAUGUUCCAAUCUGUGAGAUAAGUUUUGUUAAUACUUCACUUGCUUUUGUUACCGUAAUUAUUAUAGUUUUUAGCUCGGCUGUUUUCGGAGAUUGUCUUAGCCAGCUAGUCCGCCGUCCAGGUUGUGCUAAAACCUUAACAUAGGCUCUAAAAUCAAAGUGCUUCCACCUACAACUUUGAAACUAAAUAUGUAGCUGCACCUUGAUGAGUUCUAUGUGCCACACCCUUUUUUGGGUCACUAGGUCAAAGGUCAAGGUCACUGUGACCUCUAAUAUAAAACUUUAACAUAGGCUCUAAAAUCAAAGUACUUCCACCUACAACUUUGAAACUUCAUAUGUAGAUGCACCUUGAUGAGUUCUACACGCCACACCCAUUAUUGGGUCACUAGGUCAAAGGUCAAGGUCACUGUGACCUCUAAUAUAAAACUUUAACAAAGGCUCUAAAAGCAAAGCUUUCAUUUAUUCAGAACUGCACCCACAGCCGAGCGUUGGCACCCGCUAUGCGGUGCUCUUGUAAAUGUUAACUGAUGAUUGUUUAAUAAAUGCCUUGAUCAAAUUAAUAAUUAUUUUCACAUAUUUUUAUGUUAUAUUAUGAAUAAUGAUGUAUACAUUUCUAGUGUUAUUGUACAGGAAUGUAUAUAAUAUAUUAUAUAAUGUUAUUAUUAUGCCCCCUUUUUAAAUGAGUGGUGGUUUUAUUGCUUUGCAUUUGAUGAUUAGUCUGUAGGUAAGUCUGUCAGUAGUUUAUCUGUCUGUAGACCUUUCGUUUUAGCGCAAUAUGUAGAGAAUUCGGUGACCUUAUAACCCUGAAAAUAAAUAUGAUGGUUACAUUAGAGGAAAGGAUGGUGCCUUUGAAUUUUGAGGUCAAAGGUCAAUGCCUUACAAAAGUUACUGAACCUUUCCACAGUAAAUUUGUUUUUGCAAAAUAUCUUGAGAAUACUUUGACCUAAGAUAAUGAAAAUUGCUUAACUCUUUGCAUGCUGGGAAAUUUGUAGUCUGCUAAAAUGUCGUCUGCUGAAUUUCUAAAAUAAGCAUUUUCUUAUAAUUUUUUCAAAGAAUACUAUCAGAAUAGCAAACAGUUUGGAUCCUUAUGAGACGCCACGUUCUGUGGCGUCUCAUCUGGAUCCAAACUGUUUGCCAAGGCCUUUAAAAUUCGGUUCCAGCGCUGAAAGGGUUAAAGUAUUAACUUCAAAGAAAAAGAAGAGGCCUAUUCAUUUUGAGGUCACAAGAGUUGAGGUAAAGUUCACACCGUCUUGUAACAGGAAAUUUGUUUAAGCACCAUUUUUCUGUUUUUUUUGCCAUCAAGCAAAUUUGUAAAGUGGUUACAUGGAAA